AAGUUGUCAGACAUCGGUCAAACAGUGUUCAGCCAAUUGCAGCAUGGAAUUUUCCGAAUCGCCGAGUGGUGUGAUUUAGUAACAGUUCAUUGUUUACCCGGACCUGGUCUUUUUGAUGCUUUUCGCAAAGUAAAUGCUCGACUGGCUGAGAAAGGCGACUCGGCACAUCACGUUGCCGCUCUGGUAGUCGCCCAGAUGAGCUCCAAGGAUACUCUGGCAGAUGUCGCGUACAGUAGCAAGUGCAUGGAGAUAUGCAAAGCGCACACUGAUGUCGUGGCAGGAUUCGUGAGUCAAAACCCAAUCGUGUCCCCGGAUAUUACAGCCUCAUCCUUCUACUAUUGGGUGCCAGGUGUACGUAUCGAUAAGACAGCAGAUCAGUUGGGACAAAAUUACGCAUGCCCCACCAAGGUGCUCAAACGAUUCCCGACUCAGCUGUCUGGUCCCACGAAUGUGAUUAUUAUUGUCGGUCGCGGAAUAACCGAGGCAUUGGAGCCCGUGACCGCCGCCGAGGAGNAUCGUAAAGCGUCCAUAUCAUUGCAAUAG